CCCUGACUGACGACGGGCUGUCUGUUACGUGCUGCUGCGCACUUGUUGUUUGUUUGUUGUUUGGUCUUCUUCUUCUUCUUCUUCUUCUUCACUUCUUCGUUCGUUUCCCUCGCAGCAGCGCACAACCACAACCAUUCUCUUCCAUUGUUGAUUGUGUUUGCGCGUGCGUGAGCUUCAAUCAAAGCAAGCAAGACUUGUUGCGAGUGUUUGUAUGGUGUGCUUUCUUUGCUCAGGGAAUCCAAGUUCGCAGCAACAACACGGCACCGGGCGGAUGCUCGGAAUCAUCACAUCACAAGCACGAAUGAAUAUCGUGCUGGUACUGGGCGUGUUGCUCGCUACCCUGGCUGCCCCAGCCACUGGUGAAUGCAUCACCGUCUACAAGUACGAUGACUUCUACUCCGGCAAAUACGAUGGCAGCGACGGCAAUGUGAACUGGGGUGAUAAGUGGUCGGAGCACGACACCCUCAAUGGCGGCUACUCUUCUGGCCAAGCCUACGUGGCCAACGAGCAUCUCGUCCUCUCCAACCCCGGCCUGGAAACAGAUCCAUCCCGGCUGCCAUAUGUGCACCGGCGUGUGGACCUGUCAACAUGGACACAAGGCACGGUCUACCUUGGGCUUCGCUACAGCUUUUAUGGUUUGGUUGAAAGCCACGACGUCAUCAACGUGGAGAUCUCUGCAGAUGACGGCAAGACAUACGAGGUGUUUACUGUCAUUACGGGCGCCACUGGAAGCACGACAACGCUCUUCGCAGACGUGCUCGACAGCAAGUAUCUGACGUCACACACGCGGCUGCGCGUACGCAUGGUGCAAGAGUUUCUGGGAAACCAGGAAGCCAUUUUCAUCUACGAGAUUGGUUUCGCAUACACAACAUGUGAUACAACAACAACCACUACCACCACAACCACAACUACCACGACCACGACUACCACAACUACCACAACUACCACAACUACCACCACAACCACAACUACCACCACAACCACAACUACCACAACUACCACAACUACCACAACCACGACCACCACAACAACGACCACCACAACAACAACCACAACCACGACCACCACAACAACAACCACAACCACAACUACCACAACUACCACCACAACUACCACCACCACAACUACCACAACUACCACCACAACUACCACCACGACCACAACGACAACUACCACCACGACAACUACCACGACAACUACCACCACAACUACCACCACCACUACCACGACCACAACAACAACCACAACAACGACCACAACAACAACGACAACCACAACCACAACUACAACAACAACGACCACACCGUCCUGCGCAUCGCAUCGGUGUGCGCAGGGCGGCACUUGCGUGGAGCUGGAGACAGGCCUCGCCUGCAUCUGCCCAGCCGGCUACUUUGGGUCGUCGUGCCAGUGCACCAUCGGUGUCGACGAGGAGGAGGAAUGCAACGACCUGCCGUCGUGUUCACCGUCGCCGUGCAAGAACGGCGGCGUGUGCGUCAUCGACACUCUUGCCCGUAGCGCUCGGUCCCUCGACCCCAUCACAGGCACUUUGACCGAUACCACCCUCCGCACCACCACCCCGACAUCCACAAAGACAGGGAAGGUGGCAGCAACCACAGCGUCUCCCAUUUCCCUCCCUGACAGGUUCACGUGCCAGUGUCCUGAUGGGCUCACGGGCAGCACGUGCGCAGAUGAUGUGGACGAGUGCGCACGCGCAGACAGCGCUGGCAUCAGCCUGUGCGGGGACCACGGCACCUGCACCAACACCUUUGGCGGAUACACAUGCACGUGCACGGUCGGUUUCGCGGGCGACCACUGUGACGAGGACAUCAACGAGUGCGAGGUGGGUGCGCUGCUGGUGCAGUUCACAGAUACCAACACGCUCAUCGAUGGUGCCGAGCUCCUCCUGUCGUCCACCUUCACCUCCGCCACCACGACCACCACAACCACCACGCGUCUGGCGGCGUGCGACAACGGCGGCGUCUGCACCAACACCAUCGGCGGAUUCACGUGCGAGUGCCCGCCCAACACGCUCGGCACCCGCUGCGAGCUCACGUUGGCGUGCUCCACCCUGCCCGACCCCUUCAUCAUCAGCGAUGCGCGCACCCUGGCCCUGUUUGCGAACCUGGCGUGUGUCGACGUGCUUGGAGGCCUCAUCAUCCGCGACAUUGACGCGUCGCAGCUCGACCUCGCCUCUGCGCUCGCGUCCCUGCGUGUGGUGGAGAAGUACCUGGUCGUUGAGGACGUGAGCAACCUCGAUCUUGCCGCGUUGCAGCACAUCACCGCCAUCGCCACCACGCCGCUCGCAUCCGACAGGUUUGCAGACACCUUUGGACUCGUGCUGCGUUCCAACGCCAACAUGACGGCAUCGACAGCGCUUCCACUCCACGACCUCGUCGCUCUUGUGCAAAACGGCGACAUCGAUAUCACGGACAACGCCGACUUCUGCCUGCAGGCUGAGCAGCAGCUGACCCCGGCCAACACCACCGCCCCCUACUGGUGGGCGGUGGAGCCGCGCCUCACGCUGCAGACCGCACCAUCGUGCCCGUCGUGCUUCCUCCACAACGCCACCCUCUCCCAGGACGUUGCUGGCCUCGGCAGUGCUGGCGAUGGCGUGUGCGCCUCCCAGUGCACGGAUUGCCCGCAGGUGUGCACGCUGGAGGAGCCCAUCACCACCACCACCGCUGCCCGCGCGCUGCUGGAGCGCGACUGCAGCAUCAUCCAGGGCGACCUCAUUGUCACCGACCUCUCGUCCGGCGCCCUCGCCGUGCUCACCGAUGCGCUGGCGUCUGUCACCGCCGUCACGGGCGACGUGGUCGUCGAUGGCGUGCGCAGCCUCACCACCCUCGACGCCUUGCUCCCGGAACUCGAAUCUGCAGCCUCGCUCGUCAUCACCAACAACCCCAACCUCAUCUCCAUCAGCCUGCCGAACCUGCAGACACAGCACGGCACGACGCAGGCGAACAACCCGAGCCUUGUCCUCGACGGCGAAGGUGGAGGCAGCGGUGGCGAUGCGGCAUCAACCACCAUCACCACCCUGCGCACGGAGGUCACAUUUGACCUGACCCUGGAGGAGUUGAAGCUGGUGACACGCGCCGACCCGGGCGUGCUGCAGUCGUACCUCAUGGACGCGUACACGCGCGUCGUCAGCACCAACCCAGACCUCAGCGCGCUGUUUUCGCUCCUUAACGAGACGACGGUGGGCUUCUCCGUGGACCACCAGGGCCAGCAGGUGGCGGUGGUGGUCGAGGCGGAGGCGUCUGUCGCUGCGGUCCAGCUCGCCACGGAGCAGAUCAACGCGUACGGCGCCGCCAACCUCCUCUCCGGUGCGUUUGACCAGAACAGCAGGACCGACCUUGAGGUGACCACGAAUCCGUCCAACGGCAUGGGGCUCAGGCUUCGCCUCCUCCCGCCGGUUGUCCGGCCCUUCUCCACGGAACUGCGUUGGCGCGGCCCCACAUCACCCGGCACCAACACCUCCGAUGUCACAACCACAAACGUCGUCUUUGUUCGUCCAGACGCUGACCGCCUGGCUCGAACCAUCCUCCACCUCAACAGCGGUAACGGCAAUGCUCACGCUGGGUCCUCCUCCUCCUCCUCCUCCUCGUCGUCGUCGUCGUCAUUAUCAUCACGUGUUGGCAUCACAACCUCGGCAGAGUCAUUGGGUAUUGCACAAGAGCUUCGAGAGCUCUACGCCUGGCUCAACACCAACCUCGGCGCAUCUGUUGCCAUCACCCACUCGAAUUUUGUCGCACUGCUGCAAACGCUGCUGCCAUGGCAGUCCGUCCCCGUCGACGGCAACCACGCCUUCAUCCGGGCCUGCUCAUCCUCCUCAUCGUCGUCAUCAUCGACCACAACGUCCUCCGUGUUGUUUGCCACUUCCGAUGACGACGACCAGUCUGGCGGCAGUGGCGUGUGCAUGCUGCGGGGCGUCCCUUACGAGAUCAAGCUGCUCGCGUACGUGCACGCUGGUGACGUCGCCAGCCCUGUUGUCGAGAGCAACAUCGUGUCUGCAACCCUGCCCCUCGCCAGCCCAGACCACCUGCGCGUGCACUCCCGUGUGCAGCAGUCGAGCGGCACCAGCAUCGACCUUGGCUGGGACACGGACGUGCCCCACGACAACGUGCUGGUGCAGCUGUAUGCACCGAGCCGCGCAUACCAGGCGGCGCGCGAUGACCCAGAGAACGCCCCGUUCGACACAGAGCUGCUGGCACCAUCUUCAUCGUCAGCAUCAUCGUCGUCAUCGCGAUCAGCCGCGCGCGAGUGGCUCGUGCCCAGCACCGCAGCCAAGAACAUCACCGUUGGCGGGUGCAUCACUGCCCUUCGCUUCGGCACAGACUCGUCCUCAUCCUCCAACUCGCAGCUGGUGCAGCACUGCGUGAAGCCGUUUGAGCUGUACCUUGUCUCUGUUCGUCUCAUCGGCGGCAUUGUGCCCACGGAGCGGUCGCUCUCGUACGUGCGCACCCCACCCGCUGCCCCCUCGUCCCCUCUUCGGUCCGUGCAGACGUCCGCCCUCACUGCCACCAGCAUCAGCAUCCGCGGCCAGAUCCCGAUUGAGGCCAACGGCAUCGUGGAGGAGGUACUGGUGACGCUGGAGGAAGCGCGUGUGCCACGGCCGGACGAUACCACCACCACCACCACCACUGCUGGCGAUGAUGGGGAGUGGACGCAGCUGUCUGCCCGCCGCAUUCGCCUGGCCAACAGCGCGGCUGCACAGAUCAAUAACCCGGAUGUGUUUGUGGACACGACCAUCGCUGACCUGCACCCACACCGCCGCUACAGGGCGCGCAUUCACCCGGGCACAACAGCCGGAUUUGCGUCCACGGCAAUGGCGACUGCCCUGCACUUCCAAACCAACCCCGCACAGCCGCUGGCACCUGAGCGGCUUCGGGCGGUCGUGCACACGGGCUCAGUGCCUGCAGGCACCGUGGUGCUGACGGCGGCUUUGGAGAUUGGCCCGAGUGCUGGUGCCAACGCAAACGCAGCGGGCGCACAACAGGCCACAACAACAGCGGCAGUCACGACCGGUUCCGAUGAAGGGGCUGCGGAGAUGGUGGUGGUCGAGGUGUCAUGGGGAGAGCCCUCUGAGGACCUUGGCUUCUUGGAAGAGUAUGAGGUGAUCGUGAGCAGCAGCAACACCACAGCAUCGGCAGUGUCUGCAACACCAUCAGCAUCAGAGGGUUCAUCUGUGGUUGUGUAUUCUGGCACAAACACGACCGUGUAUGUGCGCAUGCCGCUGGCGGCGGUGCUGAGCGUUCGCGGCCGCACGGCUGCUGGCUGGGGCGAGUACGCCGCCGCCGUGGCCCCGCAGGUCCCCUCCUCAUCACAGGGCAACACCAGCACCACCAGCACCCUCAUCCUUCCGCUUGCCAUUGCCGGCUGCGGCGCCAUGCUGAUUGUUGUGCUCGGCGUCAUUGCGCUCCGUCGCAAGGAGGUGCUGCUUGCGCGCCUGUACGGCUUCAAGCGGCCCGUGCCAGACGAGUACGAGAUCCUGCGCGAUCAGAUUGAGACGACACGCAUGGUGGACGCGGGUGCCUUUGGUGAGGUGUACGCCGGCACGGGCACGGAUCUCCUCGGCAGCAGUGUCCCGCGCAACGUGGCCGUGAAGAUUUGCCAGGGAUCGCACGUGACCACCAAGGCCAAACGCGCAUUCCUCAAGGAAAUGCAGAUCAUGAAGACGUUGACGUACCCGCGGCACCCGAAUGUGCUUGGGUUGAUGGGUCAAGUCACACAAUCGGAGCCCCUGAUGAUGGUCACGGAACUCGUUGCUCGUGGCAACCUCCGCACUGUCCUCCACGACAACAAACCCGUGAAGAACAAGCCGUCCGUGCUCGCCCUGCACCGGCUGCUCGGGUUUGCGCGCGAUGUUGCCAGCGGCAUGAACCAUCUCGUCGACAACAACAUCGUCCACUGCGAUUUGGCCGCCCGCAACUGCCUCGUGACUGCGACGUGGCACGUGAAGAUCUGUGAUUUCGGCCGCGCUUUCUGCACGGACGACGAGGCGCCAACAGCUGUUCACGACCGCUCUGUCAUGCCCGUCCGCUGGAUGCCACCCGAAGUGCUCACAGCAAACUUCUACACGCACGCCUCCGACGUCUGGAGCUUUGGCGUGACGUGCUUCGAAAUGUUCUCGUAUGCACAGACGCCCUAUGCUGGCAUGAGCAACGAGCAAGUGGAGCAACUUGUUGUGAACAGCGGCAAGAAGCUGGCACAGCCCAAGUUCUGUCCCGACGGCGCGUAUGCCCUGAUGCAGCAGACGUGGGCAUACAAACCAAGCAAUCGCCCCAUCUUCGCUGUGCUUGCUGCGGGGUUCUCUGAUUUGGAGACGCGGAUGCGCCAUGGCGGAAACGACGCGGAUCUGGUGUGCAGCGCGGGCUUGGACGUCGUGUACAGCGGCAGCAACAUGGGCACGCUGCUCUCGCGGCAGUCUGUGGGCACGGUGCAACGGCGGCUGUCACAGGACAGCAUUUUGCAGGAUUACUACGUGAACCAGUCGCUUGGCUUGGUGGACAACGUGGUGGUGCUGGAGCCAGAUGGCCGUGAUCCAAUGACCAACGGCGAUACCACGCUGUAG